CUCAUCUACAUACAUCGUCCUCCAGAUUCCCAGAAUCGAGUUACCAAGUUUUAUUUUUGGCCGAUCGCUGCCAUGGUCUGACAAGUCAAUGGGUUCCAAAUUCACAUGCAGUUCCAAGCCGAAUUCUAAGUUGCGGCUCUGCAACGCCCGCCGCGAUGCGGUGACCACGACGUCACCUCUUUGUAUGGCGCUUCCCUGGUAAUGAUCGCCGCACUCCCGCCAACGACGUCAUCGCUCAUCGCGAACAAUUUCCCACAAUUGAAGAUUGACGAGCACUUUAAAGCCAACGAACUUCCCCCGUCUCAGUUGCUUCCUCAUUAUACACUCCUCCUCCCCUACAAAUACACGCAAAUCUCUUUCCGAUACACAAUCAAUCUACAAUCCCACACGUACCUUUCAUCUUCACAUACUCACGCAAAUCACAUACACAAUGUUCGCCCGCACUCUUCGCCAGAAAUCAACCACCUUUGCUCCCUCUGCCACCCGCACCUCCGUCCUUAGAAACCAGACUGCCAAGCGAUUCCAAUCGACCGCGUCGUCCACGAAAGCGAGUGCACAGGAUGCGGCCACAAGCCCUCUGCUGGCCGGUGCCGUCGGUGGCCUUGUCACACUCACCGGAGGAUACGCCUGGUACCACCUCUCCGGCACCUCGAAAGUGGUAAACACAGCCAAGACCACCAUCAACCAGCUCCAAUCCGCAAAGACCACCAUCACCGAGAGCACCCCUAGCCGCUCCGAGAUCGUGCACUUCCUUCGCUCCAACUUCUCCCCCUACCUCACCUUCAUUCCCGGAGCUUCCGCUGCGUUCGACGAGCUCGACGAGAUCGCUGAGACCCACGGUGACGAGCUGAACCGUGUUCUGAGCGAUGCCUACAACGAUCUCAAGGCCGUGCUCGAGAAGGGAGGAUUGGACAAGGGCACGGCGAUGAAGGUUGGAGAUAUCGCGCGUCGCUUGGCCGGAGAGCUUAAGGAGCUCGGAAAGGACGUCGGACAGAAAAUCCUCGAAGACAACCCCAAGCUGAAGGAGCAGAUCGGUGGUGGAAUGGAGCAGCUCAAGGACUUGGGACGCACCUACGGCCCUGAGGCGCAGAAGGUCGUCGAUGAGACCUACAAGGAGGUCGAGGAGAUCAUCAGCAAGGGUCUUUCCCCCGCUGGCAUCUACAAGGCUACGCAGUUGGUUCAGGAGAAGACGCAGCAGGUUAAGGAUCUCGGACGCAAGGCUGCCGAGAAGGCUUGGGAGAAGGGAAGCGACGAGGCCCAGCAGUACCUCGACAAGGCGCCGCAGCUCAAGAAGAUUGUCGAGGAGAACUUGGACUCCAUCAAGGCUGUUGCCCUCGGUGGUGGUCUCUCCGUGAGCCAGAUUCCCAACAUCUUCCAGAAGAUCAAGGACGUGGCGACCUCGGGAGGCGACAACAAGGAGAGCAUCGAUCGUCUGAAGCGCUACAUGGAGGAUCUUGCGAAGCAGGGAAAGAGCAAGAUGGGCGGAGACGGUAGCGACACUUGGCAGUCUUUGAUCACCAUGGUCUUCAAGGAGACUCCCGAUGUUAGCGAGAUCAUGGAUAUGGUCAACAAGAAGGGCCCGGAGGCCGAGAAGCUUGCGAAAGAGACCAUGGAGGAAAUCUCGGAGGUCCUGCGAAAGAAGGUCGAUGAAGCCAAGAAGCUCGCAAAGGAGGAGAAGAAGUAAAUCGACCUUUCCCAGUACGCUUGGCCGUAAUUUCCUUGUAUGUACCAUAGUUAGUUGUUGCGGGGGUGUGUGUGGUCUGUGGAGGCAUCGUUCUGGCGUUGUGCGUUUAUGGUGCUUGACUUGAUUGAUUGAAUUGAAUAUCAUGGCGUUUCUUCACGCUGCUUUCUUCGGCCCGUCGGCACGCUGUCUGUUUUUUUCUCUUCGGC